AUGCUAGGAAUGUGUCAAGAGGGUUCUUUCGUUCUUUCAGUUCGAAAGGCAUUCGAGAAAAGACGAUUCAAGUCCGUCAAUCUGGACUUUGACGCCCGCGUCCCAAUCCCCUUCAGUGUCUUCCCGUCGUCGUACCGGAGUGACGCUGUCUCUGAAACUACUCAGACGAGAGUAGAGGGAGAAGUUCAACUCGAUCGCACUUCGCACGUCGAACGGGAAGAUACUCGACAGGCCCCUCUCCCCGACCCUCGUGUCUACGGAAAGGAAGAAGUCGACUUUCGAGUUCAGGAAGAGCGUCCAGCCCCUUCUCGCUACGCUGCUAACGUUGAGUUAACUCGUGAACGCUACCCCAGCCAACAAUCUUCUGUUCGUUUCGAGGAACGUCCCCAGAUCUACGAUCAGCCCGUCGUCGAUACCCAACUCGACAUCACUGAGAGAGACUACCGUCAGCGUACCUCUCCCAACUACGACGUCAACGCCUCUUACCAGAGUCGUUACCCCGUAGAACCUUUCCAGUACCAGCAGUCGGGCCCUGUUUCCGAUUACUCGUACGACCGCGCCAACCAGGGUUACCCCACCGGCGUUUACCAAGGCGAAGACUAUACUCGUCGCGAGAUCGAGGUUGAGAAGCCUUCUCGUUACGCCCCUGUCGACGUUCAGUACUCUCAGACUACCGUCCGAGACAUUCCUGCUCGCUCUCAAGCCCCUGCUCCUGCUCCCAUUCCCGCUCCCGCUCCCAAGCAAGCUCGCAAGAUGGGUUACUACGACGACGAGGGUCAGUACCACUCCUUCCGCCGCGGCGUGGAGCGUGUUGCCCACCACCUCGCUCACCCCUUUGAAGGUCGCGAUGAGGUCGUUGAGGCCGGUCCCCGUUACGAUGCUCCCCGUGAGACUGUCCGUGUCAUUGAGCCCCGCAACCGUGGCACUCCCGGCGAGACUGUCUCCAUCCCCUGCCACUUCGUUCGCAUCGGCGACAUCCUGAUCCUCCAGGGCCGUCCUUGCCAGGUGAUCCGCAUCUCGGUCUCUUCCCAGACUGGCCAGCACCGUUACCUCGGUGUUGACCUCUUCACCCGCCAGCUGCAGGAGGAGUCGAGCUUCGUCUCCAACCCCUCGCCUUCCGUGGUUGUCCAGACCAUGCUCGGCCCCGUCUUCAAGACCUACCGUAUCCUCGACGUCAACGGUGACGGUACCCUCACCGCCAUGACCGAGUCCGGUGACAUCAAGCAGGCCCUCCCCGUUAUCACCCAGGGUGGUCUGUCCAAGCGCAUCGGCGAUGCCUUUGCCAACGGCCGUGGCUCCGUCCGUGCCCUUGUCAUCAACGACGGUGGCCGUGAGCUCGUUGUUGACUUCAAGGUCAUCCACGGCUCCCGCCUGUAA